AUGAAGUACGUUGCACUGAUCCUCGCCAUGUUCGGCAUUCUGGCCAUCUCAGCCGCGCAAAUCAGUCUCCCAAUCAAGCCGCCAGCAUAUUAUGGUGCCCCCAGCACACCGAAGAAGGCUAUGCUCAGACGUCGCGAUACGGGGCCUCAUAUGAGGAAGUCCCACGCCAUCAAUGUCGUCAGCGCCGAGAAUCCGAAGCCUGCGGGUGCCAAGUCUCAAGACAAAUGA